UUAAGCAACCACAUGAAACGGUCUCUAACGACGUUCCUCAUUAUCCUAUACGUUUAUCAGCAUGUUAAGCCCCAACCACAAAACAAAUUCCUGCCUUCUGGUUGGCCUUGCGUGUCUCUGCCAAGUUCCCAAAUUGAACAAACCAAAGAAUCAACUUUUCUGCUACGAAUAAUAAAUAAAUAACUCAUAACCGGGCAGGGGUGAAGGGUGAAAGAGAAUGGUAUGCCAAAAAAAUGAGCUACUUGUUGCCACGAAGGAGGGAAAGUUGUUUUCCCAUUAGUCCGAGUCAGUACCACUAACCUAGUACAACUUCGGUCGUGGUAUCCUUCGAAUCGUAGACAUAUAAAAACUUAGAUCUCUUUUCUAUGGACGUUAUGAAAGAAUAACUUUUGUUAACAAAAUAUUAAAUUCUGAGUGUACCGAAACUCUAAGAUGGAUAAAUGGGAGAAGGAUCGGUCCAAUGACCUGAGCCAGGUUCUGUCCAAAUCCCUUAAGGAGCCCAUUCUGGGGAAGCACUUUUCUCUGCCUGGACGGGCCUGUCAAAAGCAGACCAUCGAACUAGACACCAGUCAGAGCUACAUUGCCGUGUACACUCACCUUAAGGUCCACGCCGCAGAAAUGCCGGAUAGAUUGCCUACGCCGGAGCCCCUUGGUCGAUCCACCGCAGAGGGAAAGCCCAAGUCUCGAGCUCCGAAAAAUACUUACCACGUUCAUAGAUUUUGAUUUUUGUAAGCCAAUUACGGUGUAAUUAAAAUUUGUUAAUUAAAUGGUUAGCUACGAUAUGUAAAUUGCCACAAA